GGGAAGAGCUUCAGGCGGAGCUCCCACCUGAUCCGCCACCAGAUAAUCCACACAGGGGAAUGGCCCUACGAGUGUGGGGAGUGUGGGAAGGGCUACAGCUGCAGCUCCGCCCUCAUCACCCACCAACGCAUCCACACUGGGGAGAGGCCCUACGAGUGUCCCCAGUGUGGGAAGAAGUUUCAGACCAGCUCCAAUCUCCUCCUGCACCAGUGCAUUCACACAGAGGAGAGGCCCUUCCGCUGCCCUGAGUGUGGGAAGGGCUUCAAGCACAACUUUACCCUCAUCAGGCACCGGCACAUCCACACUGGGGAGAGCCCCUACGAGUGUCCCCAGUGUGGGAAGAGCUUCUCAGACCGCUCAUCCAACCUUGUGACCCACCAACGCAUCCACACUGGGGAGAAGCCCUACGAGUGUCCCCAGUGUCAGAAGAGGUUUCAGAGCAGCUCUAGUCUCCUCCAGCACCAGCGGAUUCACACUGAGGAGAGGCCCUUCCUCUGCCCUGAGUGCAGGAAGGGCUUCAAGCACAACUCCGACCUCAUCAAGCACCGGCGCAUCCACACUGGGGAGAGGCCCUACCAGUGCGCCACAUGUGAGCAGAGCUUCAGCCAGAGUUCAGAGCUGGUGGUCCAUGAGCAGCUUCAUGAUGGGGAGAAGCCCCACAAGUGCUUGGAGUGUGGGAAGAGCUUUAGGUGGAGCUCCCACCUGAUCAGGCACCAGAGGAUCCACACCAGGGAACGGCCCUACGAGUGUGGGGAGUGUGGGAAGGGCUUCAGCUACAGAUCUGUCCUUGUGACCCACCAACGCAUCCACACUGGGGAGAAGCCCUACGAGUGUCCCCAGUGUCAGAAGAGGUUUCCGAGCAGCUCCGGUCUCCUCCAGCACCAGCGGAUUCACACAGAUGAGAGGCCCUUCCUCUGCCCUGAGUGUGGGAAGGGCUUCAAGCACAACUCGGACCUCAUCAAGCACCGGCGCAUCCACACUGGGGAGAGGCCCUACCAAUGCGCCACAUGUGGGAAGAGGUUUCAGACCAGCUCCAGUCUCCUCCAGCAUCAGCGGAUUCACACAGAUGUGAGGCCCUUCCACUGCCCUGAGUGCGGAAAGGGCUUCAAGCACAACUUCACCCUCAUCAUCCACCGACGCAUCCACACAGGGGAGAGGCCCUACGAGUGUCCCCAGUGUGGGAAGAGCUUCACCACCAGCUCUCACUUGACCAAGCACCAGCUCAUCCACACUGGAAAGAGGCCCUACGAGUGUCCCCAGUGUGGGAAGAGGUUUCACACAAGCUCCAAUCUCCUCCAGCACCAGCGGAUUCACACAGACAAGAGGCCCUUCCAAUGCCCCGACUGC